CAAAGAAAUUGUAUGACGCUUUUCCUGAGUCAACUUCCUGGUUUAUAUUUUUAAUAACAAUGUCACGAUUUGUUGCAAAAUUGGCUAUUAAAUAACUUUUGAACGAAGUGAAACGCAAAUUGAAUUUACUUCAUUCUUAGGGAAAGGACAUGCACAAUGGCUAGUUUCACUGACAAGAUAAAGAAGCGGAAUGCAAAGGGAAGCAACAUGUCUGUGGAGUGGUCCCGGACCGGAACUUUCCUCCAUAAGCCUGAGCGGGGAUGGAUUCACCCGGACGAACAACUUGUAGCAGAUGCAGGCAUUUGCUACGGAGUCAGGUAUAUUGGAUGUCUUGAGGUGAAGGAGUCCAUGAGGAACCUGGACUUUGAUACGAGGACAACCCUGGCUAGAGAAGCCAUAAACAGAGUGAGUGAAGCAGCUGGUCUGAAAUCUGCUGGCAAACGCAAAAAGGCGGACAAGAAGAUCACCAAGAUGUUGGGUGAGAACCCGAGCAUGCAGUACGCGGGCUCCAACGUGAAUCUGACAAUCACAACAGAAAGUAUCAACCUGAUGGUCAUGGAGUCAGGGGAGAUUAUAGCCGAUCAUCUCAUGCCUGGGAUCUCUUUUGCAUCAGGAGGAGAUGCUGAGACACUAGACUUUGUGGCAUACGUGGCUAAGGAUGACGUGAUGGGAAGGGCGUGUCACGUGCUGGAGUGUGGAGGGGGGCUCUCAGAGGAUGUGAUAACCACCAUAGGCCAGGCCUUUGAGUUGAGAUUCAAGGAAUACCUGAAAAGGCAACCAAAGCCUGUCCACAGAAUAGAGCCCAUGAUCCAUGAGGGUGAUGCGUGGGGAGGCGAGGGGGAAGAUGGAGACUACUACAAUGACACCCCUAACAUCCAGCCCCCCUCACCCCUUAAACCCCCCAGGGUCCCCUCUGAGUACCAAACGCCACCAUGUAACUUGCCGGUCAGUGAUGGGUUGUAUUCCUCCGUGAAGGAGUCCGAGAAGGCAGCCAACGGGCCAACUUAUGACAACCCCAAGGACCGACCACUGAUAGACUUUGAUGACGAAGAGGUGUCUAGAUAUGAUAACUCAGAAAAAUCAGGGACAAACACAUAUGAUAAUUCUGCAGAGACCAGUGAUGUCAGGUCCAAGGCAGACCAUCACGUCAGGGGUGGGACCUAUGACAACCAUGAGUUGGAACCCACAGGCACAGCUGGGUUUGACCCCUUUGACAUGGAGCCUUUCCACUCAGCGAUGCCCAAUGGUCACAGCCAUGGUGCAGAUGUGAAGCCAGAGGCCAGUAUCUCGCCACUGUUUGAGGAAUGGUUCCAUGGCAACCUGAGUAGGAAGGAGGCGGAGAAGCUGCUGAUCAAAGACGGUGACUUCCUGGUUCGCCAGAGCUCCGCAGACACCACCCAGUACGUACUCAGUGGGCGACAGCACGGCAACAUCAAGCAUCUGCUACUGGUGGACCCAGCUGGCAUUGUUCGAACAAAAGACCACACUUUUGAAAGUGUGCCCCAUUUGAUUAACUUCCACAGAACAAAAGACAUUCCAAUUGUUUCACAAGAAAGUGAGCUGCAUCUUAAACAGCCAAUCAGCAACAAGCUUACGAUGUGUUAGCCAAUCAGAUACAAGCUGAGAAUGUGUAAGCCCAUCUGCAACAAGCUUACAAAGUAUAAGCCCACCAACAACAUGCGUAAAAUGUGUUAGCCAGUCAGUGAAUGAAAUGGAAGCUUGAACAAACUGAAUGCUAAUAAAACAUGGGCAAGCUUUAAUGUGUUUUUUAAUGAAUUCUUUAUUCAAUAAAUCAUGUGCAAGAUGGCAAAAUGUAAAUAAUGAAUGGUAAUUGUUAAUAUAAAUUCCAAAGUGCAUCAGAAAUUUGUAACAAAUGGUGAACACAAACUUAACUUUCCAUUUUUUCACUUAAUUGAUAUUCGUGGUUUGUGUAAGAUUUUUUGUGUUUGCUAUGUUUGUUUAUUUCACCUUUAAUAGAGCCGGUUCUCGCCCUUUAUAAUUAUGAUGUAAUGCAAUUACAGAACAGGCUUCAAUUAUGAUUAUAAUUGUAAAAUUGAACUCUUAGUCAAAUUAUUUUGUAUUGAUCAUUCAUUAAUUAUUUAGUUAAUUUGGAUUUUAUGUAUAAUAAAGUUUGCUAAGAAGUUCUGUUUUAGAAGGACACAGUCUACCAUUAAUAUAGCUCAUUGACUCAAAAAAGUAUAUCGUCAUGAUACAAAAUAAUGAUUGCUUCGUAUUUGUUAUCAACUUCUUUGAUAUACAAAACAAAUAAUUGUGUAUAUAAUUGUUAAUCAUGACUUACAUAUGGUUCAUGUUAGAAGCCCCAGUCAACAAAUGUAAAGAAUGAAACUUUGCAGAAAUUGUUUCUUAUGAUCAUCAUACCAGCCAAAGUACAUAACACUACAUUGCAGUUAAGAAAUAGUGAUUUUCUAACUUUUUAUAUGUGUAUGUAUGUACUCAGUUCUUACCAAGCUAUGGUAGUGUUGAGUUUUCAAUUUUUGACACUAUUUAAAUAAUUUGUUAUAAAGUUAUGCAUGGAAUAAAUGUUAUUUACAUUUAGUUAAACUUACGCCUAUUUUUAAAAGCAUUGAAUUGUUCUGCACAGACUGGGGCUUGAAUGAAAACUAUGAGUUGUUAUAUGUAGGUUUAAAACAAAAACUUAAAGGAGAACUGUUGUGACAAACGAGAACUGUUGAUAACAAUUCAUUUUUUUCUGGUUUUUGCAAGAUAAUAUUAGUACAAAUAGGAUUUCAAUACAUAUAAGAAACGUAUUUUUUAACUUUUGGACAUUGUGUGAAGUAAAAAAAACACACUGUGUUGCAGGCUCAUAAACAUUUUCAUAAAAUAUGGUAGAUUCAAUUAAUGACUCAUUCACCAAUGUCUUUAAAGUAUAUUGAUAGUAUAAUACACACUUGUGUCUCAACAACAAUUGUUUUUGUAUUUAUUCAGGGUUUGCCUACAUAGCUUUGAUUAAACUUACGUUUGUUUUCUUCAUGAAAUUCUCUCUUUAACAAAAGAGCACAUUGAAUUAAAACCUCCAUUCAGUGAUUAAUAGUGUGAAGCUACUAGAACUUAUUUUGUCAAAAUUACUAUGUUUAUGUUGCAACAAUUUUUGUUCCUAGAUUUUGGUUGGACAAUACAAUAUUUGUUUUUAGAUUUAUGAGACUGUUUGUUGGGCAUUAACUUAUUAUCAGAAAUACCAAAGAAAAGCCAGACAAAUUAUUUAAAUGGUUACUUACCUUUUCUGACUGGAUGAUAUGUAAACAAAUAAAAAUUCUUAGUAAUUUAACUUGUUUGAAUAUAUAAUUAAUGUUCUUUUUGGAAUCAUAUGAAAAAAAAUGAAAAUGGUUAUUUUGCCAUCUGUGAACAAGCUCACUAAAUUGUGUAAUGUACUUUUUUUAAACGAUGUCAAACUUACAAUAAAUAACACAUUUUGCUAAUAUUAAAGUAUUUGCAUAACAACUUUUCAUUCUCAUCAUCAUAUCCCUUUUUCCUAUCUAAAGAGCUAAGCCGCCAUAUUUGAUUUGGUUUUGUUGUAUUGUUAUAUAAUAAAGUGCCCUUUCAAAGAAGGGGCCUUUUUUGCUUUGGACAUGUCUGUCGGUCUGACAAUGAAAUUAAAUAGAAACAAUUGCCUUUUUUGAUAGGCAUUAAUGGCCUGUUAACAUUUAUGAAAAACAUCCCAGAAACAAACUUUCAAUUGUGAUGAAAUACUAUCUGGACAAACCUCAAUUCCCUAAUUAUUGGAUGGACAGCUGUAAAAAAAGAUUAAGCAAUUCAAUUGUGAUUGACACAGCGUUAAGAAAAAACAACAGUUCCAGCUUUAAGGCAUGUGCUGAUUUUUAUUGCAUGCUGAUGUCUUCAUGUGGAGGUUAUAUUUAAAAUUUAUAAGUAUGUGGAGUUUGGGUGGGGGAAAACAUGUUUAACAAACAUUUUAUUGUAGUCUUAUUUGUUUGUAGUGAUUUGUUGUUAAAACGUUUCUUAACAUCCAUAUGUUAAGCGUGUGUGUUUCCUUAACAUUCCAUAUCUUACUAUUACUUAUACUUGAUUGAUCAUUGUCGGUUUGGUUACUACUUAAAUAUACCCUGGGUACUCUUAAGUAUUCUUUAAUGUACCCCGGGUAGGGAAGAUAUACUAAGGCUUACCCCGCCAUUUUAGACUGUACCCGAGUUUUAUUCCUGGCCAAAUUCCGAAGUCGUAAAAUGCGCUACGGAAUUCAAAAAAUACCUCUUUGAACAAAACCUGCCUUAACAUGCUUUUUUGAGAAGUUUCAA